UUCUCCGAUAUGGCGCCGUCCAACCUACGUUAUCCUGUCACAACUUUGACGAAUUUUUGAAGCUUUGAAAGGCCCUAACAUCUGUCGAGAUAUACAUUCUGUAGUUUCAUGAAAACUGGAUAAGGUACCAAAGUUGUGUCGGAUGUUAUCUCUUGUGUAUGUAUAUUCAUCUAUUUAUGUACAUUUAUUUUCAUAAUAACAGAAUAUUAAUUACGAAGAUAGAAUUCCUUGUAUUUAAUCUGAAAAAGAUUAUUGUCUAUGAAUAAAUAAACAAUAAUUUAUAAUAAAGAUGCAGUCAGAUGAUGAGUUGUCUGAAGGUGAAGAAGAAAUGCUUGUAUAUGUGGAAUUUGAAGGAUUUACUGGGAGCGAUAUGUUCAAUAAGGAAGAUCUUCAAUUGGAUAUGAUUGGAAUAGAUACUGAGCAUCCUAUAAUGGAAAUUAAUGGGCGAUAUUAUGAAGGUACUUACGAAGAUGCCAUAGGCACUUAUAUGUUCUUUGAAAAGGAUGACAAUCCAAAAGUGGAUGAUGAAGUAUUUGAUAAAGUGCCAUCUCUAAAAUAUUUUGCUAAAACAAAAAAGUUGCUUAAAAUGCAAAGAGUAUUUACGAAACCAAGAGUAGAGAUCCUUGGUGAUUCUGAACACGACGGUUGUACUCCAAAUACUGAAAUGCUAUUACAAGCUGGGGUGCCUCCAAAAUAUCAAGAAGAAGCCAUGCAGUUUUGGAAUAAAGUACGUAAUGAUAAACUAGAAGAAUUGAGCAUGUUCUUGGAGAAACAGAAAAUUAGAGAAGAGAAAAAAUCCAAAGGAAUUGCGUCAGAUUCAGAUGAGGACAACGCAGCAUGUGCAUCACAAAAUGAAACCAAAUUAAAACCAGAAGAAGCAUGAUUGGACUUAAAAUAUUAUUUUUACCAAAGA